AUUCGCAGGCGGACUGUAGCAGUUUAUGGACAGUUUGCAGGAAAUCCAUGUUCAGGAAAUUCAUUUGAGACUCGUUCAUGUGUUCCCACAAGAGGUUGCCCAACAGCAGAAGGAUGUGGUGACCGUUUCAGAUGUUCUUCAGGACAAUGCAUUAGCAAAUCAUUGGUGUGCAACGGAGAUCAAGACUGCUUGGAAGAUGGCUCCGAUGAAGAUAGAUGUGAAGAAGUCAAGAAAAUAUGUGUCGAGAAUCCCCCUCUUAGGACACCUCCUAAUGUAGAGCUUACGGGAUCAGGCUUUGAUGCCCUAACUGGUAAAAGCAGAGGUGGGGUCAUUGACACUAAGACUUUUGGUGGCCAGUGUCGUAAGGUCUUCAGUGGUGACCGGAGAGAAUAUUAUCGUCUGAGUGAAAAUGUCCUUGCUUAUACAUUUGAGGUGAAAAUUGAGAAUGAAUUCAGCACUGAAUUUUACAACAGUUCCUGGUCUUAUAAGAAAGAAACAGAGCGUCUUCAAACUGGAAAUAAUUACCAUCGAUACACACCAAGGAAAUCUGAACAGGGCCAUUCAGAGAGUAACUACCUUAUGGUUAUUGAAAAUUCAGUGGAAGUUGCUCAGUUCCUCAAUAAUCAACCAACUUUUUUAAACCUUGCGGAGCCCUUUUGGAAAGAACUUUCUAAUCUUCCCUCCUUCUAUGAACAUAAUGCAUAUCACAGAGUAAUUGAACAUUAUGGAACACAUUUCCUGCAUUCUGGAUCUUUGGGAGGAUCUUACAAAGCCAUCGUUCACAUGUCUACAAACAAUGCUAAUUCAAAAGGCCUCAGUCUAACAGAUAUGCACAAAUGCACUUCUUCUGGAUGGAAUAUUUGGAUUGCAAAGAAAAAGAAAGUAGAAUGUGAAGCACUCAAUCAACUGUUGAGGGAAUCUUCAGGAGUCCGCAACAAUCAGAUUAAAGCUGACCCACAUGUAGAGGGAGGAGAUCCCGGAACUGUGGCUGGUUUAAGUUACAUAGAUGUGAACAAUCCAGUUGCAAAUACAGAACGAUAUUCCCGCUGGGCUCAAUCAGUGUCUCUUUAUCCUACCGUUAUUAAACAAAAGCUGGAGCCGCUCUAUGAGUUGGUAAAGGACGUACCGUGUGCCUCAGUCAAAAAACUGUACCUGAAGCGAGCAAUCGAAGACUAUUUGAGUGAAAAUGACCCCUGUAGGUGCAAACCGUGUCAGAAUGGCGGUCAGCCAGCUGUGGAAGGAACUCAGUGCAUAUGUUUCUGCAAACCAUAUACCUAUGGACCAGCUUGUGAACUGGGCGCUCUUGUACAAGACCAGCCAGGAGUCAUUGAUGGAGGCUGGAGCUGUUGGUCUUCUUGGAGCCCAUGUACAGGAGGAAGGAAGUCUAGAAGUCGGAGUUGUAAUAAUCCUUACCCAACGGGUGGUGGAAAAUCUUGCAUUGGUGAACCCUUUCAAAAUCCUCAGUGUGAGGAUGAAGAUUUGCAGCAUUUUCAAACAAUAGAGCCACACUGCUUUGAUAUCUCGGGAACUGUCAUGGAAUCCUGCCCAUCACCACCUCCCUUGGAAAAUGGAUAUGUUCAAGAUGCUGAUUCAUCCUAUCCUGUGGGGAAAAGCAUCCAUUAUGCUUGCAACACGGGAUAUGUAAUUGUGGGAAACCCAGUUGUUACCUGUGCUGAAGGCUUGAAAUGGACCAUUGGAGAAAUCAGCUGUCAGAAAACAGCUUGUAUCUUACCAACGUUUGGAGGAGGACUGAGUGGUAAUCCGGUGAAACCUUCCUACCAGAUUGGAGAGAAAGUUCACCUGUCAUGCCCAAAUGACAUGCAGCUAGUAGGAGCAUCUCUUCUUCUAUGUGAGCCUAGUCUGAAAUGGUCUCCUGACCUUGCUAAUAUCCACUGCAGAAAGCAAGUUGCCCCUACAGUUACACAUCCAACAGUGAUUCAGUGCCAACCAUGGGAGAGAGUUCAUGAGACUCAGUGUGUGUGUAAGUUGCCAAAUGAAUGUAGAUCUUCCCUGGAUGUCUGUGCUAUUGACCCAAAAACUCAGAGAAGCAUAUGGCUAACCAUUUGCAAGCUACAUGCCCUCGAAUGUGGGGGUAGGCACUACACUUUAGUGGGUGAGCAAAACUGCAGAGCUCGUACCACAUCUGAGAGAAAUUGUGGAUCCUGUCAGUUGUGGGAGAACUGUAAUGAGUCCACCAACAAAUGCAUAUGCAGAGAAGCUGGACAAUGCAGCGAAACUGGAACAAGCAUUUGUGUCAGGGUGAAUGGAAGUUCUGGCCAACGGACUAUGUCUGAAUGCGAGGCUGGCAUCCUCAGAUGCAAGGGAGAGAAUGUCAGUGUUAUUAGCAUAAGGCCUUGUAGUACACAACAAAUUUCCAAUAAUUAAUGGCAUUGGUAAUAGAAUUGGAUGUACAAUGUGAUGAACAAUGAAGGGCAGAAAAAUGGUGACAAGGGCUCUAUUGAAAUUUGCAAAAUAUCUAUCUUUCUAUUAGAUGAUACAUGGAGAGAAGGGUUUGCAAACACUUUACUGGUGUAUAUUCUUUUCCCAAAUAAAAGUUAGAAAAAAAUCAGUCCACCCCAUUGUAUAUGGAUUUUAUCCAUAUUGCAGGAAUAUCCCCAAAUUUAGGGUAGCCCACAAACAAAAACAUGCUGAACUUUUUCUGACCAAGAACCACUUUUGCCUAUCAGUGACAGGCUUGAGGCCACACUCCAAAAAUGAUAGCUGAAAACAAGACCUCAAAACUAAAUUAGUUUUGUUUGCAAAUUAAAUGGCAUGAAUAUAAUUACUUUUAGUUAUAGAGCAUAUUUAAUAAUUUCCACUUCUGUCACUUUAAAAAGGAUAAUUGCGAACAAUGUUUGGAAGUCUCUGGAGGCCACAUGCAGUCCUAGGAAUUUAGGUUGAGUACUUCUGCACUAAGGGAUCAAGGAAACUCCAGUUCUGGCUAGCUAACAGUAACCGUAACAAUAAGCAUUUGGCAGGCUAACAGUUGUGUUUAGUGAUCUGCAUUCUGCCUGGCAGCUGAUUAGUUCUGUAGACCUGCCAUAACCCACAUCUAUUUCACCUUGUCUUACUAAAGUAAACAGACAGAUGGUAUGGUGGUAGACCUCUUUAACAAUCCUGAAGCAUUCAAAGAUCAUGUUGACAUUUCAUACCAAUAAAUGAUGUUUUAAAAA